AUGGAGGGAUCGGCGACGGAGGGAAAUCACGGAGGCGAUCCCCGCGCCGAGCAUGCCGCAACCAAGGAGUCCGAGGCGGCGGCAACGCAACACCAUCUGACGCUGCUCCAGCCGACCGUGGUCGAAGUUUCUGCAGCCGUGCUGGAUAAGGACAAGGUGGGGGAGCACGAGUCGGUGGGGCUGGUCGGUGGCUCUCCACCUUCUGGUGGACGGGGGAGGCGUAGGCAGAGGAAGAGCGAUGGGGAGGAGGAUUAUGACACCGCCGUGCCCGGGGACCUCAUUACGCGGGCGAAGAGGCGGCAGACGACAGGUAGUGCUGACGACGCCGGAGGCGCGGCAGUUGGGACACCGCGAGGCGCCAAGGAAGCUAGUGGCAAGGCGGGCGGUCAAGCAUUGCGCCAGAAGGGCCGACCCGCAGCAAGAAAAGCAACCGGCGGAAGGAGAGGCAAGAAAGCAGCGACGGGAACAAAGCCGAAACGGGGCGAUGAAGACCCCGGUGAUGCGGAGGAGGAGGAGGAUGAGGAGGAGGAUGCGGAGGGAGAGGAGGAUGAAGAGGAAGCGGAGGAGGAUGACGCGGAUGUUGGGGAGGAUGAAAAAGAUGAGAAUGAUGGCGGGGAGGACGAAGAGGAGGAGGAGGAGGAGGAGGAGGAGGAGGAGGAGGAGGAGGAGGAGGAGGAGGAGGAGGAGGAGGAGGAGGCAGAGGAGGAGGAGGAGGAGGAGGAGGAGGAGGAGGAGGAGGAUGAGGAGGAGGAGGAGGAGGAGGAGGAGGAGGAGGAGGAGGAGGAGGAGGAGGCAGAGGAGGAGGAGGAGGAGGAGGAGGAGGAGGAGGAGGAGGAGGAGGAGGAGGAGGAGGAGGAGCAGGGUGACGACGAGGAGGAGGAUGUGGAGGAGGAGGAGGAGGAGGCAGCGGAGGAGGAGGAGGAGGAGGAGGAGGAGGAGGAGGAGGAGGAGGAGGAGGAGGAGGAGGAGGAGGAGGAGGAGGAUGUGGCGCCAGUGAAGGGACGGGGCGGGCCGUGA